AUUACACUCACCAAGCAAUGCCAUCUGUAUCGAUCCAUCUUCUAUCACUGGCCCUGUGCCUUUCGUCGGGAUUUCAACAAGGAUACAUUGCCUCUGUUCUCAAUCAGCCAUACCUACAAAUCGAAAGCUUCAUUAACCAGUCAUGGGUAGAGCGAUAUGACACGGAGAUGAGCCAUGAAAUGCUGAAAAUUGGAAGGAAAGGCACCGCGCUGUUAGCCAGUGCUCUCUACAUUCCCGGCGUACUGCUGUGUUUCGCCUCAAAAUAUCUGCACCCUUAUUUCGAGCUUCUAUACCUUGGACGCAUUUUAUGGUCUCUGGCGAACGGUAUCAGCAGCGUGAACGCUACUGUCUGGAUUGUCGAAUGUGCACCGCCUCAGAUCCGUGGCAGAAUGGCGUCCAUGCAGGAGUUCUUCAUGGCUAUCGGCUCACUGAUCACUCAAGCGUUUGGCGUUCCAUUCUCUAACGAAGAACUUUGGCCUUUCAUCUUCUUGCCGAAUGCCGCUUUCGUACUUCUCUCAAUGGUUCUGUUCUUCGUUGUUCAUGAAUCACCGCAAUUCAUAAUAGAGAAGACAGGAAAUCGUGAAAAGGCUCGUAAGGCCCUUGCAGCCUAUCACGGUGUAGGAGUCGAAGAUGCAACAGUUGAAACGGAAAUGAAAAUCUGUGAAGAUAGUGUCACUAAAUCAAAGGAGAAGGCAAAAGCUAAGGAGGCGAAAUCCCCCAUACAGACCGAGCACGACUCAGUGACCGUGAUUUUCAUGCCAUGGAAAGCUCGAGACGACAGUUCUAAGGUGAUUCGUGAGGCGGCAUGGCUUGGAGUGAUGGUGAAGUGUUCUUCGUUUGACCGUCUUGGACGACGGCCGUUGAUAGUCACGUCAACGGUGAUCUCAUUUCUGUCGCUGUCUCUGAUGAUAAUCGGAAUCGAUCUCGGAGCUAGUUGGAAGAUUGCAACCCUCAUCGGAUUAUCGUCCCUUCUGCUGACGACCGCAUGCGGUAUUGGCUCCGUGUCCAGAUUCUAUGCUGCAGAACUUGUGCCUCGCAAUCUAUUGAUCUCUUCCGUCUCGAUUCUCACAAUGUUUGAAGCAUUAACGAAAAUUGGCGUUGAAUUCGCCUUCUAUCCCAUUGCCAAUAUAGUCCUGAACGAAAUUGCUAUGAGGAAAAACCUGAAAGUGCUAUUUCCGGUCU